CUCGCGAUAUGCGGGUGCUACCGAGUCCGCCAUAUUGUGUGACAGUAUUUUGAUUCGUAUUGGGGUUUGGAAGUGAGAAAGGAAAAAAAAAACACUGAACAGAGAAGAAAGUUAAGGGACUCAGAAAUACAGUAUGAGAGCUGCCAGGAAAAAUCUCCGGUCUUCAGAUUACUAGUUGGCUUACAGUGUGUCGGUCCCCGCUUCAUCCGACAGUGGCAGCGACGCAGCGCGGGUGCUUGUGUACUUUCAUCCCCCCUUUCUGAAGUUCCUCAUCCCAGAUUGUCUGACAGCAGAGCCCCCCUCCCCCUCCCCUCCGGCCCUGAGGAGCCUCUGCAGCGGCGUCUCGGGUGUUGAAGGUGGCCCGGGGAGCGGCGACGCAGACGAAAAUGUCUGAAAGAAGAAAGAAGUGCUGCUGCUACUGAGGCCUGGAAUAGGUUAUACAAGAUAAGAGUACCACCAAGGCAAAACACGAAUGGCCCAGGGAAGCCAGCAGAUUGAUAUUCAGGUUUUACAUGACCUGCGCCAAAAGUUUCCUGAGGUCCCAGAGGGUGUUGUAUCCAAAUGCAUACUGCAGAACAAGAACAAUUUGGACGCUUGUUGUGAAUUCCUUUCUCAAGAAAGUACGAAAUAUCUUUAUGGAGAAGGCAGUCUAAACUUUUCAGAUGAUUCAAGUCUUUCCAGGCUGCAGAAUCACAUGACACAGCUGAACUUGGGUUUGCAGUCACAGAAUGUGUCCUAUUACCAUCCCUCCAGCCGAGAAGGACUAAGAAUGAAUGGCAGCAGGACUCUGGCCCAUAGCCUCAGUGACGGGCCUCUGCAGACUGCACAGCCAAACAGUGAGUUUUUCCAGCAAGAACCUCAGUCAGCACCAGUACAAGGACCUUCCAGUUUAAACAUUUUUGGAGUUAUGGAUACAACAAGAAACCCACCUCAGCAUCUCGGGCUUUAUCCAAUAGGAAGCAAAGGACAUUCUGCAAGUUCUCAGCAGAUACCUAGGUUUAAUCCUAUCACCGUUACGCUGGGCCCCAAUAUUCAGACUGGUCGGAACACUCCAACCUCUUUGCACAUACAUGGCGGGCCCCCACCAGUACUUAAUAGUCCACAGGGUAAUUCAAUUUACAUAAGGCCAUUUGUCUCUCAGUCUGGAACAAAUCGGCAAACAUCACAGCAGCAAGGAAACUGGUCUCAACUGGGCCCCAGCUUACAACAGCAGCAAAUUUAUCAGAUUUCCCAUCCUUCCCAAUUACCGGGCCCUUGGACAGCCCCUUCCCAUUAUAGUUCUACACAUACCUCAUCACACCAGUCACAAGGCCAUCAGACAUCGCAUGUCUAUAUGCCUAUUAGCUCACCCACUACUGCUCAAGCACCUUCAAUCAUACAGGCUGCUGGCAGCAGCCAGCCAUCUUCAUCUGCUUCCAUCAGUCAGUUCAAUAUUCAGAACAUCUCUACUGGGCCACGAAAGAACCAAAUUGAAAUCAAACUUGAAUCCCCCCAGAGGAGCAACUCCACAACAGCUUUGUUACGCAGCAGUGGAGGAGUAGGACCUAGUAGUGGUGGGCCUCGCUCGUCAUCCUCCUCUUCCGCUUCCUCUUCCUCCUCCUCAGCUGUUUCUUCCAGUGCACCUUUGUCCAUAGGCAGCCAAGCGCUGAGCUGCAGCCAGCCUACUGUUUACAUAGCUGCCAGCCCACCUGCCUCUUCUGUUUCCGAGGAAGCUGUAGGACCCUCUUCUAGCUCCCGUACCCAGCCUAAGUUCUACAUUUCAGCAAAUGCUGCACCUACGGGUGAUGACCCAGGCUCUAGGAAUCCUCCUACUCUUUACAUCUCUGCCAACCCUUCAUUACCUGGAACACCUGGGACUCGAAGUGUAGCAGGACAGGUGAACAUGGGCCCUGCUUAUAUUCACCAUCACCCACCAAAAUCAAGGGUUUCGGUAGGAGGCAGCAACACAGCCACUUCACCUAGAGUGGUGGUUACUCAGCCCAAUACUAAGUAUACUUUUAAAAUUACGGUAUCUCCAAACAAACCACCUGCUGUGUCACCUGGGGUGGUAUCCCCAACUUUUGAACCUACUAAUCUUCUUAGCAUCCCUUCAGAUCAUUUUUCUGAGCCUGAAGCACAUGCAUCUGACUCAGUGUUGCCACAGAGAGAAAGGCCCACUGAAACCAGGAAACUCAGCAUGGGAGCAGAUGAUGCAGCUUAUACACAAGCUUUGUUAAUACAUCAGAAAGCACGAAUGGAAAGGCUUUGGCACGAACUUGAGGUAAAGAAGAAAAAGUUGGAAAAACUCAAAGCAGAAGUAAAUGAAAUGGAGAAUGACCUUAAUCAGAGACGUCUUCAGAGAUCCAACUCUGUCUCCCAGAUUCCUUCUCUUGAUGAAAUGCAACAAUUGAGGUGCAAAAACAGAAUCUUGCAAAUAGAUAUAGAUUGCCUAACCAAAGAAAUUGACCUUCUUCAAACAAGAGGUCCACACUUCAAUCCCAGUGCUAUUCACAACUUUUAUGAUAACAUUGGAUUUUUAGGUCCUGUUCCACCAAAACCCAAAGGUAGCACAUCAUUUGGCUCAAAUUGUUUAGCCACUGUAGACAGGAGAGGAAGAAAAAUUAAUGUCACUUCAAAAUUAAAGAAGGACUCCAUCAUCUUACCUACUGCUUUAUGUAAUGCAGAACAGAGAUCAAUUACCAAAGCACCAAAGACUGUACAGGACACAGAAGAGGAUGAAGGUGCUCAGUGGAGCUGUACCGCCUGUACUUUCCUGAAUCACCCAGCCUUGAUCCGCUGUGAACAGUGCGAGUUUCCUCGGCAUUUCUGAGCCAAUAGGCACUUAAACCAUUUUUUGGUUUCCUUUAUCUAUUUUGGUAGAGCAAAAGUCUCAAAGGAGUGGAAUCUUUUUAUGUUCUCCAAUAAGAUAUGGACUGGGUGGGGUUCACAUCCUUUUAUAAAAAUCUUUGGUAAGCUGUCCACUGAAGACUUGACUGGAUAGUGUUUACAGUUAAAAGUGUACUUAAACCCAUAAAGCUGAUAAUACCUCAACUUUUGGUUGACGGCAGUUAAGGAAACCAGUGCAGGACCAGGCUCUAAAACACAUGUAAGAAAUCAAUUAAACUGUUCCUAUGCUGCAUCUACGGUCAAUCUCAGUAUUACCUACAAAUCCCUUCUGUUUCAGCCAAUGAAGUAUGGUGCCGAGAUAUCCAUCUUAUUUUUUCCACAGUCCUGGAGCCAAGAUUCCAGGAAGGAGAUUCCACUGCUACACUACAUAAAAAUGGGAAAACUGCAUUUUGGUUACUUUGAAUAUGUUAAAUGUUUUUGACAAGAUGAAAAAGGAAAGAUUAUUAUCACUGGUACUAUUUUUUUAUGUCCCCUUUGUUGAUCGUCUCCACACAGAAUCACAACCUUUCACUCUAAAAAUACAAAUGAAAACUGCAUGUUUUGUCUGAUCAUUACACAUUGACAAAUACCCCGAUGCUUUUCUUAACUGUACAUAGUUUUAGAGCCUGCUUUACGGUGACUUUUGAUUUCUACACGCUGAGUUUAUUGUAUGUUUUGUAUGUAUAGUAUAAUAGACUUAAUAACUAACUUUUCCGUUUUUAAACCAGUAAGCCUGAUGUCCCUUUAAGCUUUUUUCCUUUAUUUGUGAGAAGUGAAGCCUUAAAUAAAAAAAGAAGAGCAAUAAGGUUAAACUAUGCAGGAUCUUGCCUUUUCUGCUCUGUUUGAUUGUACUUCCACUUGAAUUCUUCAGAUAAAGCAAAGGUACAGUUAGGAAAUAAAUGUCUAAUGGCUGUUAAA